AAUCGAGCUGCCAACAUGUCGAUUUUAAUGUCUCUGAUACUGUAUGCUUCCGUUUUCUAUCAAACUCCGACCAAAACCAUGCAGCCCCCUAGCACCAAUUUCACUCAAAAUUCUCUCAAAACCACGCAGCCCUCUAACAUCACAUCGGAUCCUGGAGUUCCAGUCUUAUUCACUCAUGGGAACAGAGACGAGGAUUUGCCCAAAUGUGGACGUUACGCUGUUUGCAACAAAGUCGACAAGUACAAUUCGCCUUGGAUCGAAAAGCAAUGCCAAUGUCCUUCGUCAUCCUGCUCGUCUUCACUGGACGCUUCCGAUGGACACACAAUCACCGACAGGAACAGGCUUUUCAAGACUUGUGAGCCGACGAAGGAACUGCCAAAGUGUCGGUUUUUCAGGGAUAUCACUUGGACAGUGACUACUUCGCCAGACAACGUGACGGAGCAGGUGAUGCACUGCCACUGUCCGAAGUCAUCGGUUGCCUACUUGGUUAAACGACAAAUGUUCAAUACGCCUCAAGGCGUGGGCUAUCAAUUCUCGUUUGCCUGCUCCCCCGAAAGUCGAAUAUUAUGCAGACGCAAGGAGCCCUGCCGACUCUUUACGGUGCGCAAACGACAUGAAGUGGACGACGUGAACCUAAACACUCUGUGCCAAUGUCCCACCAACCACCAUUGCCCCAAGCAUCACUGGGAAACAGGCGUGAUCGCCGCUAAAAGCUUGGCGGAGGAAACCUACCGCACUUACAGCGGUUUCUGCGUGUCUUCGUGACCCCAGGUGACCCAACGGCGAGCCUGAGGGUGACCCUGAGGGUGAGCCUGCAGCCACAGCGUACCUGAUCUAGUACAAACGGGGCCCCCAUGUGAUUGUCAUAGCCUCAGGUGUAUUUCUAUCUUUUGAGGGGUGGACACCAAAUCCCAAACUUUCUUUGCGCCCACAACGAAAACUUUCAAUGUUCUCCAUGCCAAUUUUUAAGAUUAAAUUUGAAUCAUGUUAACAGUAGUUAAUUUAUGCGUCCAUCCCUGAGCAAAGUUUGUAUGUACAUAUAGCCUGUUCAAGUGUGUACAUAGACUCUAGCUGACGAUAAUGCUGCAUAUGUGUUUGUAAAUGUGUUUUGCUAAGACUCAUGUGCUAUACUUGAUAAUUUUAACUACAUAAAAAGCAAUUUAUAAUAAAACCCGA